AUGGAUAAAUCAUGGAUUGAAAAGCCACGGAACACAAACGAAUACUUGCUUGGUUUGGAUAAAUUUCUUGAUUCUGAGUUUAAGAAUGCGGUUGUGGAAGAUACAAUCAGAUGUCCAUGUCCUAAAUGUGGUUUUGGCAAGUGGCAAACUAGAGAAAUAGUGCAGGAUCAUUUGAUUUGCAAGCCAUUCCCGCAAAAUUAUGUUAUUUGGAAUCUUCAUGGUGAGAAACAGGUAGUAGAGCCUUCUGGAGAUAGAGAUGUUAUGCAAAAGAUGUUUCAUCCAGAAAAUUCAAUAGAAACAAUGAUUAAUGAUGCAUUUGGGCAAUAUAGGCACCAAGCGGCUGAUGUAGGGAUAUCUCAACCAUUGUGUUCAAAUGAAAUAUCAAAUGAGGGGCAUAGGGAGGAUUCUGGUGACUUUCAUGAUUUUCUCAAAGAUGGAAGUAAAACACUUUAUGAAGGGAGCAAGUACACAAAGUUAGAGUUUUUAAUAAAAUUGUAUCAUAUAAAGGUCUAUUGUGGAUUAAGUGAUAAGGCAAUGACCAUGAUACUAGAUUUGUUGAGAGAUACAUUUGAAGAUGCAAAUUUACCUCCUUCCUUUUAUGAGGCCAAAAAAACCAUUAGCAAACUUGGCCUUGACUACAUCAAGAUACCUGCAUGUCCAAAUAAUUGUAUGUUAUACUGGGAAGGUGACUCAGAAUUGGAAGCAUGUAAGCAUUGUGGUACAUCUAAAUGGAAUCCUAACAAGAAAAAAAAAAAGCAAUCUGCAAAGGUUUUACAUUAUUUUCCAUUAAAAUCAAGGUUACAAAGAUUAUUUAUGUGUUGUAAGACUGCUGAGCAUAUGAGAUGGCAUGCUUCAAGCAGUAACGAAGAUGGGUUGAUGAGACAUCCAAGGGAUGGUGAGGCAUGGAAGACAUUUAAUCGGACUCAUUUUGGAUUUGCUUCGGAUCCUCAAAAUAUUCGCUUAGGCCUUGCUACUGAUGGUUUCAGUCCUUUUGGAACAAUGAGUACUACCUAUAGUAUUUGGCCAGUCUUCUUGAUUCCAUACAAUCUUCAUCCUUGGAUGUGUAUGAAACACACCUCCUUCAUCUUAUCAAUGAUUAUUCCAGGCAAGCAAAUGCCUCGAAAUAAUAUAGAUGUGUACUUACAGCCCCUCGUGAAGGAAUUAUGUGAGUUAUGGAAUGAUGGUAUUGAAACGUUUGACUCAUCAUUGAAAGAAAAUUUUAGAAUGCAUGCAGCUCUUAUGUGGACAAUCAGUGACUUUCCUGGAUUAGGUAUCCUAUCUAGCUGGAACACACAUACUGGUUUUGCCUGCCCAACUUGUAACUUUGACACAGAACCUUGUCGUUUUCGUCAUAGUAAAAAGUGGUGUUUUAUGGGUCAUCGACGUUUUCUGAGAAGAAAUCAUAGGUUUAGAUUGAAUCGAGUACGCUUUAAUGGAAGUACAGAGGAGCGGAAUCCACCAUUAAAAUUAUUAGGGUUGGACAUUUUGAGACAAAUUGAAGAAAGGAGAGUAGCAGAGUUGAAUGUUAGCGGGAAAAGAUCUAGAAGAGCAACUAAACAAUGGAACAAGAGAAGUAUAUUUUUUGAACUUCCUUAUUGGAAAUCUAACUUGUUACAUCAUAAUUUAGACUUUAUGCAUAUCGAAAAGAAUAUAUGUGACAAUAUCAUAUAUACACUGCUGCAUGAUAAAUCAAAAUCAAAAGAUUAUAUUAAUGCCCGAAAGGAUCUAAGAGAAAUAGGCAUAAGGCGUGAUCUUUGGCCGGAUGAUAGUGGAAAAUAUCAUCUUGCUAUUUUUUCACUUGUGACUGAUAACAAAAAGAAGCUGGACACCAAAAAGUUGUUCCUUACAACUUUGAAGAAUAUUAAAGUACCAGAUGCCUACUCAAGUAACAUUUCCAGAUGUGUUGAUUUGGUACAAAAAAAGAUUUUUGGAUUGAAAAGUCAUGAUUGCCAUAUUAUUUUAGAGCAAUUGCUACCAUUGGCGAUCCGCAAUGUGUUGCCAGACCAUGUAGUUGCAGUUUUGGUGGACUUUUGCUCAUUUUUUCGUGCCCUUUCUAGCAAAACCUUGAAUCUUUUGGAGCUUGAUAAGCUCCAAGAGCGCAUUGAAAGCAUACUUUGCCACAUAGAGAUACUAUUUCCUCCAUCAUUCUUUACAGUAAUGGUUUAUUUGUCUGUCCAUCUAGCAAAAGAGGCAAAACUGGGAGGUCCAGUGCAUCACCGAAACAUGUAUCCUAUUGAGAGGGAAUUAGGCCAUUUUAAGUCAUUUGUACGAAAUAAAGCACAACCAGAGGGUUCUAUAGCUGAGGGUUACUUAGCUAAAGAGUCUCUUACCUUUUGUUCUCGGUAUAUUGAGGAUAUUGAGACAAGAUUCAAUAGGCCUAGGCGUGUUCGUAAUGACCCAAAUGUCACUGAGCCUUCUGGAAGAUGGGCUGAUACUGCUCGAGAUAGAGGGUAUAAAAAGGAUCGUUGGAACUUAAAUUGUGUUAAUUUUGAUAGAUUGAUUCAUACAGGUGAACGUGAAGAACAUGAGCCUUAUAUCGAAGCAUCUCAAGCACAACUAGUGUACUAUGUAGAUGAUGUUGUCAAUAAAGGGUGGAGUGUUGCUGUGCAUCUAAAGCCAAGAGAUCUGUAUGAUAUGGGAGAAGAAGUAGUGGAAGAUGAAGUAUAUGAGAAUGAACCAUACCAAGAUCAAGAACUCGAACAGUUCUUUAGUGAUGGUGAUGAGUAUGUACAACUAGCUACGGACCAUAUAAUAGAUGAUGUAGUAGAGAAAAAUGUUGCUACUAACUUAGCAUCAGAUACAUGCAUGUUUGAAUAG